AUGUCCUCCGACAAACCCCACUUCAACACCACAAUCUUCACCCAACCCUCCACAGACCUCACCACCUCCCUAGUUUCCUCCCCAACAACCACAACCAAAUCCCCCUCCCCAACCCGCACCGCCGCCGCCCGCACCCGCGCCAUGUCCGUGACAGAGGAAUGGCAGCCCGUCAUCGACCGCCGCCAGAGCUGGUCCGCCCAAGAGUACUCCCACGAGAUGCACUCCAAGCUCGCCCAGCAGCACGACCUGCGGGGAUCCAUCGGCGACCGGUCGGUGGAGAGGGACAACGGGCAGGGGUUUAGUGAGCGUUAA